AUGCGACAGGUUCAAGAGCUAAUAAAGUCAAAGACUAUUAGGCUAUCAGUUAGUGAUAAGGGUGAAGAGUUUGUAGUAAUUCCUCUCCAGUUAGAUGUCGAUAUAACGGAAAAAUGUCUUGAAGACGCAUCUCUUUAUCGCGCAUGUACUGAAAAGGAAUUCAAAAGUCAAAAUCGAAAACUGAACAACGAAUGGGUCAAAAUGGCAAGCGCAGCAGGUUUAAAACCAGCAGACACUUUGCAUCUUAAGAUCGAAGUACCGACAUGUCCUGUCUUAUACUUACUUAUCAAGACCCGUAAGUUAAUAUCCGCUGAUGAUCUGGCGUCUACCGACCCCUCCAACUUUAACGUUAGACCCAUCACCAGUUGUGUAGACGGGCCUACGGAUAGAAUUACUUGGUUUAAAAAUCUUAUCCUCAACCAGUUGCUUAAGCACAUACCAGCCCAUAUCACUAACACCCAAAGGUUUCUAGACCGUCUGCACGACGCACUUCCAAAAAGCGCGUACGUUAUGGAAUCGUUCGACGUUACCGCCCUUUACACGAACGUGUCGAACGACUCCGCAAUACAGGCCAUCCGCAAGCUUCUUGAGCAACACAAAGGAGCAGUUAACAUGUAUGGUUUUUCGAUUCAGUAG